UUUUUUAUGAAUCUAAAUCGAUUCUUUUCGUCAUCAUAACCUAAAUGCUGUCAAUUGUUUUGUAUAAGUAAUGUUUUUAUACGAAAAUCAUGUUUUAUGAAGCAUUUUUAGCCGGCAUAUGGGCAUCAGUCGGUAGUACUUUGGGAAAGUUAUCAGGAACAACCAGCGUCGUAGGCGAUAGUUACAUCAUAUGGGGGGCCUUGCUAGUGGUUAUGGUGUUGGCUAACACAUGGGGCUGUCGACAUUACCUGCGAUCGCUGGACGCAGCUUCAAACUCGGCGGCACCUACAGUCAUAUCUGCAGCUUCCAGUUACGUCUUAUCUGGUGUCAUAGGAAUAACGUUGUUUGACGAAGCUUCCUCUCUGCGGUGGUGGGUCGGAGCUAUGCUAAUCGUGUUCGGCCUGGCUUUAGUUGCCCAGCCUAGGACGAAGAAUAAAGAAGAAUGAGGAAUAAAAUACAUUUAAGUAUUCGGUGAUGAUAAACAGUUUUAUUUGUUAAAACAAUUUAUGAAAACAGGUACAAAAUUCAAAAACUAAUUCACUUUUAAGUCAGGAUGAGGAUUACAAGAACCUUUCAUUUCAAGUGCUUGUAAGUGCUUUCUAAGUUAAUAACAUAAAGUAAGGUAAUAAUAAUAUGGCUUAUUUGUUGUUUACGCCAUUCUCCAAUCUAAUGGACCUCUGUGUGGGUUGGUUAAGAAACAUUAGAUAAAUAAUAUAAAAGCCAAAUAUAAUUAUGUAGGUAUCUACUUAUUUAUCACGCAGGUUAAAUAUAAGAAAGUAACGAAAAGAGGAGAGUGUUCUCCUCAAAAAUAUUUAAUGAAAUUGUAACUUCACAUAAGGAUCCAGUUUCUUUAUAAAUAGGCAACUUUCCAUAGAUAAAACGAGCUUUCAAAGCAAGGAGGUGUCGACAUGGUUGAGUGGUUGAUCACUCAACCAUAAACUGAUCGAGACGAGCAUAGAUACCUUGAUCAAAACACCUACAUAAGUUGCUAAAACAGGUCUCGACCUCCUUAAAACGGUAUCAUAAAGAACAAAAAUAACUGUAAAUACUGAAAGCUAGAACAUUACAUUAGUUGUGUUACUCGUACUGUGUUUUUGACUAAGCUUUUAAAUGCUUGUAAGAUACUUAGCGUUCCUCUGGGAGCUGUAAAUAACCGGCCAGUCUCUUUACCUUGUAAUAAAUUCUAGUUUCUGUUGCGAGUUACUUCACGUGCUUGUGGGGAUCAUUUUUAUGAGAAAUUGACCUUUUAACUUGAAAUACUUCCUGUAAGAAAGAUGUAAAUGUUUGAUAAGGUUACUUAAGUAACGUGGAGUCGGGUUGAAAUGACAUGUUUUAUCCACCCUGUCUCCAAAAUUGAUAGAAUAGGCGGAGGAAAAAUGAUGAAAACAUCGAAGCUGCGUUACUUGCAAAUAUAGAUUUUAUCAUUUAAUGUAGCUGUAGUAGGUUUGUGUAUUAAUAAAGUCAUUCCGAUAAAAUAUAACUAAAGUACAAAAUGUUACUGUUUGUUUGCCAUGUAAGUUUCGUUUCAGUAUUAAAAUAUAAUUUAAAAAAUGAUGUAGGUAAUACUAAGUUUUAUCACUAGCACCUGAACCUAUCUAACAAAUUAAUAUAUUAUAUUAAUAGAAUUUAAUUUAUUGUAAAUUAUAAUACUGUAACAUGUGUAAAGGCUUACUAAAGGCUAACCUUGUUGAAUAUCAAACAAAUGUUCUUUGACCAGUGUCCAUGUUAUAUCAAACAUCCGAUAAAAUGUGUCCUUGAUCGAACUGACUGGAAUUGAAUAAAAACAUGCCAUGUAGGUACACCUUUCUUCUAUAUUAGCAUCAAUAUUGAAUGUUCGAUUGAUUAAACGUCAGUUUAUAAAAUAAAUUCCAUGUAUGACUUGUUAAUUGAUUCAAUAAAAGACUUAUUCAAUA